AUGGGAACUGUACCCUUGAUGCUUUUUCAUGCCUGCCUUCCAGUCCUUCCAGCGGGACUAUCCCGCUGCGGAACUCCUUCCUUCCCGUUCAUUCUUGCCAACUCGAGGUCGUCCCCUACUUCCUUCCUUCCCUUUGCUUUCUCGCUUGAUACGCCCAUGGACCACACUGCAGGCACGCCGCACAGCUGGGGCCUGGGGGUGGUGGUGGUGGUGGUGGCAUUGUGGAUAGACGGCAGCGUGGUAUUUUGGACCCGGGUCUGGAAUCUCUGGAUUUCUUGGGUUCUGCGCCUUGGCCAAGACAUUGCUCCCACUCCAACCUUGGCCUUGCUGCUUCCAGACAUGGACACUCCCAGUUCCACACCAGGCAUCAGACGACCUAGCCAACUUCAUCUGCUUUACCUCAUGCCAAUUGCCAACCCAGCCGCAACUCAGUGA